AUGCCUUCCCCAUCAGAUUAUCGUAAGGAAUUGCUUGACGUCGAAGUUGGUUAUGGAUUGAUGAGUUUGACAUGGAGGAAAGAUCCACUUCCUGCUGAAAAGGUGUUUCCUACCAUGAAGAAGGUGGUAGAAAAGGCGGGCAAUAAGAAGGCAUUGUUCAAUGUGGGUGAAUUCUAUGGUCCUCAUUUGGCUAAUUACAAGUUGCUACAGUCGUUCUUCGAUAAGUACCCUGAGGAUCGCAAGAAAGUUAUUAUCAGUGCUAAGGGAGGUGUGAAUGUCGAAACAUUACAACCCACCGGAGAUGCCGACAGCAUUUCUGCUUCAAUUGAGAAUGCAUUGAAGGUGUUUGGUGGAUAUCUAGACAUUUACGAGCCAGCUAGAAUUGAUCUUGCACUAGCGGAGAAGAACGGUGAGAAGUUGUUUCCUCGUGAGACUUUUGACACUAUCGUCAAGUACAUCAAGGAUGGUAAAGUUGGCGGUUUCUCGUUAAGUGAAGUUACAAACGAGCAAAUCAGAGCUAUUUACAAGGAAUACGGCGAGUAUCUGGCUUGUGUUGAAGUUGAACUCUCUAUAGCUUCGCCAGAAAUUAUAUCCAACGGGAUUUUGGACACAUGCAAUGAAUUUGGAAUUCCUGUCGUUGCAUAUGCCCCACUAGGAAGAGGUUUACUAACGGGUAGCUUGAAAAGCACUGCUGAUAUCCCUGAAGGUGAUUUCAGGGGCCAAUUGAAAAGGUUCCAGGAUGAUGCCAUUGCACAUAACCUGACUUUGGUAAAAUUCCUUCAAGACGAAAUUGCUGCAAAGAGAUCCGACAACCCUUCUCUCCCUCAAGUGGCCAUUGGCUGGGUCCGUGGACUCAGAAGGGAGUAUCCAAAAACAAAUAUUAUACCAAUUCCAUCAGGGUCUUCGGUUGAAAAGGUAAGUGUCAACUUUGAUCACAUUGAUUUAUCAGACGAUGAGAUGAGCAAGAUAAAAGACUUUUUAAAGUCAUUUAAAAUCGCUGGUGAUAGAUAUGAGUUCGCGCAAGCACAUUAA